AUGCCCGAGACCCCCGCCAGACACGUCCAAACCAGCCCCAAAUCCAUUUUUUUCUCCCCUACUAGCUUUGCUCAUCUUCCUCCUUUCCGCCUUGCUUCCGCCUCCUGCCCAGUCACUCCUUCAUCUCGCCCACCAAUCAACUCCGUCCUUGUUACCUUCACCCUUGUCUCUUCUGUUCUCACCCAUGGCUGGAUCGGUUCUGUUAGCGUUAGCGUGGGCGGCGCCAAGAAGCUCUUCAAAGGCAACGAGCCCACCGAGGAGCUGCCCAACGCUGCCUCCAGUGCCAUCCGCCAACAACCUCCCUGUUACCAAGUGGCCACCGUCGCUGCCGGUAGCAAGCUCGAUGUGUUCUGGCAGACGCUCACGGGCUCCGGCUUCUGGUUCCAUGAUGUUGGUCCCAUGAUGGCCUAUAUGGCGGACUGUGGCGGCAAUUGUGCUCAAUUUGACGCCAGCAAGGCCAAGUGGUUCAAAAUACAAGAACAGGGCAUGGAUGCGAGCGGUAAAUGGGCUCAGGCAAACCUUGACAAUGGCUCUCCAGCGACCGUAACCAUUCCGGCGAACCUCAAGGCGGGCAAUUAUCUCCUCCGACACGAAAUCAUCGCCCUCCACACUGCGCAGUCUCAAGGCGGUGCAGAGUUUUACCCUGGCUGUGUGCAGCUCAGUGUCACUGGCGCAGGCAAGGGUGUGCCAAGCGACAGCGAGACCGUCAAGCUUCCUAGCGCAUACAAACCGACUGACGCUGGGAUCCUCAUUGACGUCUAUAACAUGAAGGGCGCCUACAAAUUUCCAGGCCCAGCCGUGGCCUCUUUCAUUGGUGGUGGAUCUCCGGCCCCAGCACAGGGUGGCUCUGAUGAUAACACUACCGAGAAGCCGUCCUCCCCCCGCCACCACAAAGAAGAGCACUUCCCCUCCUGCAAGCUCUACCACCAAGAAAGCUUCGUCUCCGGCUUCCUCUACCACGAGUGUCGCAUCCGCGGUACCGACGAAAUCUGGCUCAGCUUCCUGUCGGGCGAAACGUUCCCACCACCGCCGUCAAGAGGUUGUCGAUGUCCGCGAGGAAGUCCGUCGUUCCCGGGUUCGCCACAUGCAUCGGGCUGGCGUUGCCCGUUCCUUCUGAGCACAGUUUUGCCAUUGUUCCACCACAACCCCCGAUUACUCCGUCCACAUUAUCUCCGACUCCCCUCCCCAACAACUCCCGUCCAUCCUUUACAUGACCACGUCCCCAGACAGCACUGUCUCUUCUUGAUACGAACCCGCUUUCCGACCCUUGCUUUGCACCUGCUCUCGUACCACGACCGUAUCGCCAGGACGCGAUGCUUGUAG